AUGGAUUCCUUCGCCAAAGCAUUCCAGAAGGGCCUGGCCAAGACAGUCGCCGCCGGCCAGCAGCAGUUGCAGCAACGACUGUCCAAGCACGACCAGCAGAACACGAGUGUGAAUACGUACGGGACGGGUCCUCAGGCCCAGGCGCAGUAUGCGUACGGCAACCAAGGCUCACAUCAGGCGCCGCCCGCGGCCCAGCAGACGUACUUCCCGCCGCCGCCGGGAACACGCCCAUCUCAAUACCAGCCUUAUGCUCAGCAGAAUAGCUCGUCGUACGGGCAGUAUACGCCGACAUCUGUGAAUAGUCCGCCUCUGGCGGCUGCACAAUCGUAUGGUAGUCACACGGGCACACCUGCUUCUCAGGCCGGAUAUCAUGGAUACGGUCAUCAGCCUCCGCCGUUGCCGCCCCGGACUAGCCAGCAACCACUGGUGAAUGGCUCGUCGGGUCAUGAAAAGACUGCGUCUUACAGGCUCCAGGAUACUAAUGCUGGCGGGUAUUUUUCUGCGGCGGCUACGCAGCACGCUUAUGGCACGCCGGACGGGCAAACCGCUCAUGGUAAUCCCGUGCCGGCAGUCUCUUCCGCGACAGGUUAUCCCCCGCCGCCGGCGCCUCGAGUGAAUCAACAGCCGGGAAAUACUUAUUACCCGUAUGCAGAUUAUGGCAAGGAUACGGUUUGUAGACCCCCCCAGCAUUCUGUCAAUGUAAACCAGGGACAAGCUUGUGCCAUACCCGCCGAACCGGUCAAGAAUCCGAGCCAGCAUGGCAGUACUUAUGCCGUGUCUUCGCCUGGGAUUCAGCAGCAGCGGAAUGAGACUGUGUCCCAUUCAGCGGCGAAUGCUGAUACUUGGGCAAACACGCAAACUCGGCCAGUGGCUGCAAAUACACCGUCUCUCCAGCAGUAUCAACCCGGGGCUGAAACAGCUUCGACCGCUCCGGUUCUGCAAACGCAUCAGAACGCAUAUAGGACAUCAGAAAACACGUACUCGUAUAAUGCGCCAACGACAACAUUUGUCAACCCAUACACUACGCUGGAGAACAAACAGGGCUCUCUCACGGCGUCAAACACGGCCCCAGAUCAGCAAUAUCGGCCUGUCCUGGCUCAGGAGCCAAGCCUUCCUGUCAACAACACGAGCUACGAAUACACAAAUACAGGUUAUGCUCAAGCCUACCAGCCACCGCUUGAGGCCAAACAGAGCCCACCAGCAGCAUCUAACCCCAGCCCUCCGAUACAAGGCCCGGACCGGGGCGGCACGGCUCAACAUGACCGACCUCAGAAUGAUGCGGCAUCUAUAGCUCAACAGAUGAACAGUCUCAGCAUACACGGCAACCAGGCCGCCUCGCCAGACGAUACCCGCGGUCCAUUGCAAAACCCUAAACCUAAACCCCCGCCAGUGGUAGCCAGCGGCUCACCAAGGGACAUAGUCCGGUAUUGCCCUGAAGACCGUGUCGUCGAGUACUCCCUCUACUGGUACCAACUUCCCGAGAUACCAGGAUUCCUCAUCUGCACCAAAUGCCACGAGGAUCACAUCCGCGGCACGCCGCUAGCAGGACAGUUCAAGCGAAUCCUUGCUGAGGAAGGAUCCUCCUCUACCUGUCGAUUCUGGUACCCGCGCGUCAAAGACCACCUGUGGAAACAAGCCCUCCAGCGCAACGACCUACACGGCCUGCGGACCUACGCGACCCAUCGCCUCACGAUCCCCAACUGCAAGGGCAAAGAAGCGACGACUGGAAAAGAAGGCGUCAAGUACUACGGGAUGCAGAACAACGAGAUCAAAGGGUUCAUCACCUGCGAAGCAUGCUACGAGGACAAGAUCGCCGGCACCGCAUUCGCAUCCAGCUUCACGCCGCGCGACGGCCAAGGCGCCGAGGACAAAUGGAUCUGCGACACAAACUCAGCGUACGUGAAUCGCGCUCUUGCGCGCUUCGCCGAGGGCAACGACUGGGCCGGCUUCGUCGAGGGGGCCACGCGCCGGCUCCAGCUGCCCGUUUGCGAGGGCGCCUCCAAGGCCGCCAGCGAAGGGCCCUGGUACGUCUUCCGCCGGAAGCUGGACAACUUCCACGCCUGCGCGACGUGCUUCAUGGACAAGCUGGCGCUGACGGCGUUUGAGGGCGCCUUCGACGCCGUGAACCAAAACGUCGGGUUCGACGCGUGGAUGGAGAUGCUGGGGCAGCGCUGGACGUGCGACCUGACCAACAACUCUCUGCCCGUGCUUGUCGCUCUCGAGGCGGCCCUCUGCGACGACGACCUUGACGGGUUCUGGGAGACUGCGCGGACUGUUAGCAAGCUGGUGCCGUGUACGGCCAAGGGCAUCGUACGCGGCAACUGGUGGACGUUGGGCGGGGGGUGUGACGACUUCGACAUUUGCGAGGCGUGCUACGUCGGUGUUUUCAAGGCCAAGGGGCUCGGGGGGUUCCUGGAGCCGGCGGCCCGGGACCCCGAGGCGACGCUCGUGUGUAACUUUUGCCCGGCGAGCCCGCGGUUCCGCCAGUUUGCCAGCAAGUACCUCGAGGCGCUGGACCGCGGCGUCUUCAGCUACUACGCCGACUGCGUGCGCAAGUUCGCCGCCGUGGCCCUGUGCCCGGGCAUACACCACCGCGAGAAGGCCAAGUGGUGGGGGUACCCGGAGGCCCUGUUCUGCGAGGACUGCUACGUCGGCUUCGUCGCCGACACGCCGCUGGCCGCGCGCCUCCCCGUCAGGGGGGAGCUCGACCAGCGCGCGCAGAUAUGCCAGGUCUGGUCGCCGCGCAUGCGAGGCAUGUGGACGGAGGCGUGCGCCGCGGGGGAGCCCGGGUCCGGCGCGUCCGACGAGCGGGUCGCCGCGUUCAGGGCGUUUGGCGACAAGCGGCUGCAGGUGUACUUGCAGACGGUGCCGAGGAUCAAGUUCCUCCGGGACAUGAAGGAGAUGAGGAUGAUGAACGCCAUGCACCAGGGCCAGCUGAGCCUCAUGUACUCCGGGAUGAACAGCAUGGCGGUGCUCUCGGGCACCACGGACGGCAACCUGCACGGGAACAGCUCGCUGGGGUGGUAUGAGACGGAGAAUGGGGCCACGGGCGCGCAAAUGUUCAACAACAUGCAGUCUGGGUUUGCGAAUGCCAACAGGACGGAUGAGUGGACGGAGAUAAUGAGGCUGCAGGCCUUGUGGUGUGAGGUGGAAUGA